UUGAGGAGGAAGAGGCUGGAGGUGAUGGCUGUGUGAACCGAGACCAUGUGGCUGGCACACCAGCCUUUCGGUGUUGGAUACUGUACGAAAUGGAUAUGAUGUGGUUGUCGGAAUACGUUGGACGAGUUACGGUUUGCGACUGGAUCGCUGUCGGUGCCGCACGAGACAGUGUGACUGCUAAAGCUUUCUAUCACACAUUUGAUGGGCUUGGGGGUGCCCUCAGUGCCCUCCUCCUUCCCUCCUCUCGCUACUAGCAUCGAGCCACU